AUGGAAGUCUUUGACUAAAUCUAUUAAAAUCUAAAAAUAUUACAUAACACUUCAAUUGAUGGCUCAGCUAUUUGUGAUGUUAAUUUAAACAUUAAUAAAAUUGCCCUUAUAAUGGGAACAUAAAAAUAGUAAAAUUCGAAAAAAUCAAAUCCAAUCCUUCAUUUAUAUUCAGCUUCUACAGCUGAAAAAGAGUAACAAUUUGUAUUGCCUACAGAUUAUUUAAAAUCAAUUAAGUUUUCUUAAAAAGGAUAAUUUUUGAUUGUUUAUGGUUUAGCAGAAGAUAUAAUUGUGAUGUGCAUGAAUGAUGCUAAUAAAAAAUUGCAGAUAUUAAAAGGACAUUUAUAUUUUGUGGAUGAAAUUCAUAUUUAAAAAUAAGAGAAAUUGCUUGUAUCAACUGCUUCUUAUGAUUAUUUAUGUCUAUGGAGUUUAGAAGAGUUUACUUUAUUAUAAAAGAUUUCGACACAAGAAUAAUAAAUAAAUGAAAUUUAAGCGUUGGCAUUAUCACAAUCAAAUAACUCUUUAGCAGUAGCUACUUCAGAUGAAAGAUUAAUUCUAUGGAAUUAUAAAAGUUUGUAGAUUGUGAGAAGAUUUCAAUUUAAAGAUGGUUUUAAUUAUUUAGAUUAUCAUACUAAAAGUAGUUCUUUACUAUUUGCUUAUAGAAAAGCUUCUAAUUCUUUAAUAUUACUGAAUGUUGAAAUUCAAAUUAUUCUCAGAUAAUUGGAUCUCUUUUCUGUAAGUUUAGUCAACAUAGAUUUUAUUCCUGAUUCUAAUCUUAUAGCAAUAUCUUAAAAUAAUCUUUUUUAAAAAAAAGGUUGUAUAUCAUUAUGGGAUUGGGAAAAAGGAGAGUUAAUUAAAAAAUAAAAUUUUGAUGAUUCAGUUGUCAUUUUUAAGGCUCUUGAAAAUAACAAAGUUUUAAUUACAAAAGAUAAAAAUUCAAUUAAAUUUUAGAUAUAUAAAAAUUGA